AGCAAAAGACAAGACCCCAAUGCCAUGAAUCACACAAAAAACACCAUUAAACACACACACAUGAAUACAUGAUUGGCAGCAACACACCACUAUUUGUUUUCGGUCUUAUCCAUUGAACAAACACUUGUUUUCUUUCCAUUUCAUUUCAUCAUUCCACUCCCUCCCUCUUUCUCUCUAAACCACCCCUCUUCUCUCUAAUGGCGUCAGUUUCAGCUCCACCAUUUCCUUCACAAACUACUUACACAGAUUCAAAUCCACGAAAUUUCUCGUUCAGAAACCUUAAUAAGUUCUCUAUUACAUCCCCUUCAUCACCAUUAAAGAAAUUUCAAACUUAUCCAUAUAAUAAUUUUAGGGUUCCAGAUUCUACCCUAAUAUGUCGUUGUCAAAAGCGUCCUUCAGAUCCUCCUCCUCCUCCUGAAGAUUAUUUCAAUAGGAGAUGGGAUUCUGGAUUACAAGAUGUUGUCAAAAGUGUUAUUAAAAAGUUUGAUAAUUAUAUGAAUUCUAUUCGUAAUCCAGAAAAAAAUAAUCAAAAUUCUAAACGUGAUUUGGUUAUGGAAAAAGUUACUGGGAUCGAUAGCGAAGAGUGGGAUUGGGAUCGAUGGAAGGAGCAUUUCGAAGAUGUUGAAGAACAGGAGAAAAUUGUUUCUGUCUUGAAGUCACAGUUAAAUGACGCUGUUAAUCGAGAAGAGUUCGAAGACGCUGCUAAAUUAAAAGUGGCAAUUGCUGCAAUCUCAGCAAAUGAUACAGUGGGCAAAGUGAUUACUUGUCUCAAUAGAGCGGUAGAAGAAGAACGUUAUGGAGAUGCAGCUUUGAUGAGAGACAAUGCUGGGGCAGGUUUGAUAGGAUGGUGGGCAGGAAUUUCAGAAAACUCAGAGGUACCUUAUGGUCGAAUCAUCCGUAUAAGUGCAGAGCAUGGGAGAUAUGUGGCACGGAGUUAUAGUCCCCGGCAUCUUGCUACUGCCGCACCUGGUGUUCCCCUGUUUGAAAUUUUCUUUACCAUUAGCGACAAAGGCGAAUACAAACAGCAGGCAGUGUACUUGAAGCGUGGUGGUCAGAAAUCUGGUUAUCCUCCUUUAAAAUUCUCCAACUCACCUGAUCCUAUUGGUGGCUCGAACACUUUGAACAAGUCAAGUGAAGGAAAAAGUGAUUUAUCAGCUGCAACCACCGAAGAUGCGGAAGAGAUUGAAGAUAGGGACAAUGACUCUGAUAUGUCUGAUGAAGUGACUGGUUUUCCUAAUAUCUUGCGUGAUAUGAUUCCUGGUGUCAAGGUCACCAUCCUGAAAGUUACAGCACCAGGCAAGGUGGAUAGGGAUUUAAUAUCCAAGGUGAUUGAACAAAUUAUGGAAGAAGAAGAAGAAGAAGACGAAGUGGAGGAAGAAGAAGAUGAGGAGGAAAAAGACGUGGAGUUAUUGGAUCUAGAUAUUGAUGAUGAAGUUAAAGCUGGAAGUAACCAAGAUCAAGAUGAGAUAGAAAUGAAUGCUGAUUCUGGAGUAAUUAGUGAUAUUAUAAGUGAAGAGCGAAAUGAAUUGGCAGUGAAAGUUGUAAUUGGUGGUCUAGUACAAAAUCUUUCGAGCAAUACCCCGUCUAAGGCUUUACUUCGAGUUCCAGCUAGACUAGACAAAUCAGGUCGCUUGUCAUUUUCAUUUACUAUUGACAAAGAUGAAAGUGAACUGGAUGCUGGUGGUAAGGGAAAGCCUUCACUAGAUAAGAUGGCUACUCUUCGAGGUCCUCGUAGCAUUGACAAUCUCAUGUCUGAUCUUGCUAAAUCUGUCAUUAAAAAGGAGAAGAUUCCCAUGAAGGUACUUAAGGAUGUGGGGGAAUUCAUAAAUCUUACUCUUAACCAAGCUCAAAAUCGUCAGCUUCUUUCGGGGACUACGGUAUUCAAUCGCAUUCAGAUACCAGCAUCUACAGAUCUACUCAGUGGCUUGUAUAUUGGUUCGCAUGGGCUUUACACAUCGGAAGUCAUUCAGCUAAGACGAAAAUUUGGACAAUGGCAACAUGAUAGUGGAAAUAAGAAUCCCCAGGAUCUUGAAUUUUAUGAAUAUGUGGAGGCUUUAAAAUUGAUAGGGGAUUCCCAUGUACCGGCAGGCCAGGUAGCAUUUCGUGCAAAGGUUGGCAGACAGUAUCAGCUGCCUCAUAAAGGGAUAAUCCCAGACGAGUUUGGAGUGGUUGCUCGAUAUAAAGGACAAGGCAGGCUUGCUGAACCAGGGGUCAAGAAUCCUCGAUGGGUUGAUGGUGAACUUGUUGUUCUUGACGGAAAGUUUAUCAAAGGGGGCCCAGUUGUGGGUUUCGUAUAUUGGGCUCCUGAAUAUCAUUUCCUUGUAUUCUUCCACCGGCUGAGGCUUCCAGAGUAGGUGUCCAUCAUAGCCAAGUCUAAGCAAGCUCCUUUGUCGUUCGAUAUUUCUUUAAGUGUUUGACAUUUUUUUAAGGUCUCUCCUCCAAAUAGCACAGCAGAGAAAGAAAUAAGAGAAGUGCGGUUAUGAUGAAGGCCAAAUUUUUGGUAUCAAUUGGAUUUGUGGCUAUAUGUUCUAGCAUAGAGGCCCUGGAUGACGAGAAACUUCAAGAUCAAUAUUGAAGGAUGUGCUCACCUUUCUCUCAUUCAAAGUGACGAUUACUGUAAAUAGUAUGAAGCUGACUAGCUUAUGUAUCCAACUUUAGUCGAAUUGUAAAUUAUUUUAUUUAAUCUAUUUGAUUUAAUUUUCAGUAUUUGUCCAUACCGAUCUGUGAAUAUUCUGAUAAUGCUUGGGGAAUAAACGCGGAAAUUUAGGCAUGAA